AGGCACUUUAUGCAUACUAGCCCUAUGGCAAUGCCCUGCUUACAAAAGGUAAACCACCUGUGCUAUUUCAAUGACAGAAAUCAAAGAAUAGCCUCGUGUUUCAUGUUUUACGUCAUCGCAUCAAUCUGCGCAAAAAAGUAAUUUCGGAACUGCAACAGAUACACAUGAAUGUCGUGUGCUUAUGAUAGUUACCAAGACAGCUAACGUCAGCAACGUUUGCUAAUGUUAUAUCCGUCGUGACUGAAGUUGUUGUGUGGCAUACUUCUCCUAUGUGCGUGGUCUAUGAAAUAUGUUGGUGUGUAAUUGCUUACAUGUCUGUACAUGACAAGUGCAUGCUGUAACGUUUACCGCCGAGCUAACUACAAAACUCUAUUGUUUGAUACAUGGCUAGCUGUGGUAGGCUACGUGCAAGCUGAGUUUUGGUGUUCAACUGUAUGUGGUCAAGAUUCCCUCGGAGGAGAUGCACAACGCGAUCAAGCGCUGACAUGGCUGCCCGCAUCCCUCUUGUGCUCCUGGCCUGCGGGUCCUUCAACCCCAUCACCAACCAGCACAUGCGGCUGUUUGAGCUGGCCCGGGAUCACAUGCACCUGACCGGUCAGUACCAGGUGGUGGGCGGGAUUGUGUCCCCAGUGGGUGACGGAUAUGGCAAACAGGGCCUCGUUACUGCAAAACACCGCGUUGCCAUGGCAAAGAUGGCCCUGCAAAGCUCUGACUGGGUGUCCGUGGACGACUGGGAGAGCCAGCAACCUGACUGGACCGAGACGGCCAUUACCAUGAGGUACCAUCAUGGGCGGAUUGCCAAGCAGUACCAGCACAGGAUAGAAGCACUUAACAACCCGCCUUGGGAAUCAGCUUUGUGCACCCCGCAGCUGAAGCUCCUGUGUGGCGCUGACUUCCUGGCCUCAUUCCGCGUGCCGGGUCUGUGGAGCGACGAGCACGUGGAGGAGGUGGCGGGCCGCUUCGGCCUGGUGUGUGUGAGCCGCGGGGGCCAGCAGCCGGACCGGGCCGUGCACGAGUCGGACCUCCUCUCCCGGCACAGCGCAAACGUCUUCCUGGUGCGAGAGUGGGUCCGAAACGAGACCAGCGCCACCGAGGUGCGCCGCGCGCUCCGCCGGGGCCUCAGUGUCAAGUACCUGCUGCCCGACGACGUCAUCGACUACAUCCGUGCACACGGCCUGUACACGCACGACAGCGAGCUGAAGAACAAGGGCGCCAAGCUGCGUCCGCUAACCAAACAGGGACUCCUGGACUUGUUUCUGACAGCGGUCAGGCAUUCGGUCGCAGGCAAUCAGAUCUCCGCAACUCUCACCUUCACUGGACUAAAGGAAUCACACUUAACUUUCAAAAUGCCAGCUGACUACAACGGCUACUGGAAAAUGACCGUCAAUGAUAACUUCGAGGAGUACUUGAAGGGUCUUGAUGUAAAUAUCGCCAUCAGGAAAAUUGCUGUCUUGUUGAGCCCAGACAAGGACGUCACCCAAAACGGCAAUCACUUCGUCAUUAAAACGCUCAGCACCUUCAAGAACUACAACAUGGACUUCGAGAUCGGCAAGGAGUUUGAGGAGGAUCUGAGUGGCAUCGAUGACAGGAAAUGCAUGACCACGGUGAGUUGGGAUGGAGAUAAGCUGGUGUGUGUGCAGAAAGGAGAGAAGGAGGGCAGAGGCUGGACCCACUGGAUCGAGGGCGAUGAGCUGCACCUGGAGCUGCGAGUGGAAGGUGUGGUGGCGAAGCAGGUCUUCAAGAAGACCUCCUAAACCUGCUGCCUCACAGCACAGCGCCACCUGGAGGCCUUCGCAGACACAAACACAAACUCUCUCUCACUUAUUCACUCAUAUACACAGCUCCGGGUAGAGCAGCUAUUUUAUGCCGUUGCUUGAUGUAUGUACCUUAUCCCCCAUACCCCCCCCAAUACCCUCCACAUACCUUCCACAUCCCCAUCCUGAGAGUCAGAUGUCUGGAUCAACCCUCAGGGGCUGACAUAGCAGUACACAUAUGGGUCGAUCCACACGCACUUAAGUAGUUCUGUUUAGUUUAGUUUCAUUCACUCUGUCAACAGCAAUCUGUCGGUUGCCUCCGCACAGCUGUGUGUGUGUGUUUGCGCCUUUAAUUAGCGUGAGUGAGUAGGUGAGUUUCUCAGUUAGGUAGAGCAGACUUCCUGGUUAGCGCCUCUUGCAGAAAGUGUGAUGAGAGGAUGACAUGAGUUUGUAGCACAGUGAGAGAAACAGCCAUAGGAAAAUAAGACGAAUGGGAGAGAGAGAAGGAGAAGUUAGCAGUGAUGCUGCUUUCUGCUCACUGGAGAGAGAGAGAUCACAGGAGGAGAGGGGUGUGUUUGGUAACUCAGUGUAGCUGGACCCGGGAGGUCAUGCCCUGGAGGUCGGAGGUCAAACCCAAACUGAGUCCAGUGAUAGUUUAGGAGGCGGUUAGCCACUCGUGUUGUGUUUUCCCUCUGAUGUUAUGACGAUGUGCCAUCAAUGAAAUAAAUACAAUUAAAUUAAUGAUUUUGAAACCAAAAAAA